CGGGGCACCUUGGAGAGAGCCGGGUACGGCUCCAUGUCACGGUGGGCUUAGUGCUCCGGGAAGGGGUGUAGUUUUACAAAGGAGGCAAGAAAGGACACACGAGGGAAUUCGCUGCUUAAGUGGACAAACAAAACCUUACAGUACACAAUGCCCGCUCAAAAUAAAGACGACGGAGGAUGGAAGAAGUUUGUAUGGAAUUCGGAGAAGAAGGAAUUUCUGGGACGCACCGGCGGGAGUUGGGCAAAAAUCUUCCUCUUCUAUCUCAUCUUUUAUGGCUGUCUGGCCGGGAUCUUUAUCGGCACCAUUCAGAUUCUCCUCCUCACCCUGAGUGAUUACAAACCCACCUGGCAGGACAGAGUCGCUCCUCCAGGUCUCACUCAUUUCCCACGUUCAGACAAGUCUGAGAUUGCCAUUAACCUGGAUGACGAGAUGUCGUUCCUGAACUACAUCAAAACCAUGAAAGAGUUUCUGACACCCUAUGACCUGGAAAAACAGAGAGACCCCAUGCAGUUCGACAACUGUGGAGAAACACCCACAGACUACAACAACAGAGGUGAUCUGGAGAGUGACGUUGGAGUUAGGAAGGCCUGUCGAUUUUCGAGGGAGUGGCUCGGACCCUGCUCUGGCCUGGAGGACACUUAUUUUGGAUUUAAGGAAGGGAAGCCCUGCCUGAUUGCCAAACUCAACAGGAUUGUGAACUUCAGACCUAAGCCACCAGUAUCAAACGAAAGCAUUCCGGAAGAGGCUCAGCACAAAGUCCAGCCCUAUCUAAUUCCCAUCCACUGCACAAAUAAGAAAGAGGAGGAUGCAGGUAAGCUGGGUGAGGUGAGGUACUACGGUAUUGGUGGAGGCUUCCCUCUUCAGUAUUACCCUUAUUACGGCAAACUCCUGCACCCUCAGUACCUGCAGCCGCUGGUGGCCAUUCAGUUCCUCAACAUCACCCCCAAUACGGACAUCCGCAUCGAGUGCAAAGUGUACGGGGAAAACAUUUAUUACCACGACAAGGACCGCUACCAGGGACGAUUCGACGUUAAAUUCAACAUUAAGAAAUCAUGACCUCAGAACACAGUACCUCCAUUCUCUCCCUACUGAAAGGCAAACUAAGGCCCCUCUUCUGACUUGAGAUACAGAGAGAAGUUUCUCACCGGUCUUCCACAGCGUUUAACCGAGGAGAUGUGUCUUUUGUUUUGUUUUUUCCUGAAUGUACAAAGUGUCUCACGUCAGAAAGAGGGCUCAAUUUAGUUCAGGAGAGAUUAAGUCAAAACAAACAAAUAAUACAAAAAAAAGUCAAUAAAACUAUAAAUAUAUAUAUAUAUAUAUAUAUAUAUAUAUAUAUAUAUAUAUAUAUAUAUAUAUAUAUAUAUAUAUACACACACACACACACACAGCGGGUAAAAAAAGUAUUAAACACGUCACCUGUUUUUCUCAGAAAACAAAUUUCUAAAGGUGCUUUUGACUUGAAAUUUUUCUUUGAUGUCAGUAAUCUUACAUUCAAAAUAACCAAAACUAAUUAAUUUAGAAAUGAAGUUAUGUGUAAUAAAAUGAAACGAGACAGGGAAAAUGUAUUGAACACAUGAAGAAGGGGAGGUGCAAAAAUGCAUGGAAAGACCAGACAGCAGCUCAAAUAUCUGGUUCUACAUUCGAAAUUGCUUAUCUCCCCUUCUGUGUAGUAUGUGAAAAACAGUAUUGUUCGCUAAGUAGUACGUCCAAAUUCAUAGUUUUCCAAAAAUUUCUACUAUUUCCACCGAGAUUUCAAUGGAUGCUAUACUACAAUGCCACGCGAGAGAAUUCAUGAAUAGGAGUGAAGUCAAGUAACACAACUGAUGCGAGUAGGUCAUGUGAUAAUGACAAAUGGCAGAUGUAAAACAUCUGAAUCCCAUUCAUACUAUACAGAACGAACUUUUCUAACAGUCGUGUGGUAAAUUCACAUACAAAUGUAGUACCUACACCAAAAAAAGCCGAUUUCUGACACAGCUACAGUUUUUAGAAAGCAACCCUGCCCCUCGUCAGUUUAAAUUAAUAUUAGCUGCUUCAAUCCCAACACCUACAUUACCAGGGUGGAAAUUUCAGCAAGACAAUGAUCCCAAACACAGACAAGCUGACUCUCAGUUGGUUUCAGAAAAGAAAAUAAAGCUGCUACAAUGGCCUAGACAAUCACCUGACCUAAACCCAAUACAAAAAAACAACUAAAGAUCAGAGUUUAUAGACGAGACCCACAGAACCAUUAAGACUUUUACACCCUGUUAAAGUCUAAAAAAAAUUAACAGCUGAGCAAUUCAUAUAACUCCACUUUCCAUACGAGAAGCGUCUUGAAGAAAGAGAUGUCUUGCCAAAAAAGCCUUUAAAAAAGUAUUAAAUACAUUUCAGAAGUUCGGUACCUUCUCCUUGUGUCAUUACACAUAACGUUGAUUCUGAAUUUUUUUUGCAAGUUUGAAUUGUUUGGAUUUUGACCAAAAUCUGGGUCAAUUUCACGUCAAAGCUCCUUUAGAAAUAUAUUUACCAGGAAAAAUCACAUAGUAUUCAAUACUUAUUUUACCCACUGUAUAUAUACAUUUAAAAAAACGCAAGUUUAAAAACAACACCAUCAUGUGGGACCGAACAUUGUCUGUACUCUUUACUUCAAGCUUUUCUGCUCAGUCUAGGGUUAGAACGUAAAUGCCCGGAGGAUUAGCCAUAUAGCAUAGGAUAUUUAUUCUACUCACAAUCUGUCCGCCAUCAGAGGGGCAUGUUGUUUUAUUGUAAAUUACAUUUCCUCCACCGAUGUAGCCCGCACUGUUUUGUCCCUCUUGUAUUGUAUUGCUGCCUCGUGUGAUUUCCCUAUAUUUAGAAAGUGCACAGUAGUUGCAUAUGUAGGUUGUUUUGAGCCACGCCAUGUGUGUGAUUCAGCUUCAUUUGUCAAACGUGCCUACAUAUAUGUAUAGUUACUUAAUGGAAAUACACUGGCCUCUUAACAUUGCCUUUUGGGGGUAUUGAUGUUCUAUCGCUGCAUCUUUUAGGUGUAUUAGGUGGGUUAUAAACCUUUUUUUCCUUAAAAUCACUACAAUGUAGGGGGAAGAUUGUACUUUGAUUCGUUUUCACUGAAUGUAUGUGUUGCCUUUGGAUUUAUGGUGUCAUUCGCAUACCGAACAAACUGCUACUGUAGCUUUGUUUUUGUUUAACCACUUUAUUUUCUUCCUCGCCUUGUCGUUCUUCGACUUCUUGAAGAUGUCACACGGCGUGGUCGAAUGUCCUAAAAGAAUUCGGUAUUCAUUAAGUGGUGACCUUAAACGUUCUAUUCUUGCACAUGCUCAUGUUCUGCAGAAACACGUCAUGAAUGUUAAUAAUGCCAAAGCCAUUAAGAUUAUUCUAGAUUCUCUCAGAUUUAAUGCAAUACCCUGUCCAUCGGGAUGUUUCGUAGGUGUGCGCAAUCAGUGUCAAACAUCAGAAAAUGUCAAGAUUCACGAGUCCCACAGGCUCUCAUGUCGAACUAAACUGGAAAAAAAGACUAACCAAAAUAAAGCUGAGACUCUAA